UCUAUCAGCGUUUAGCAAAAUUUUCCUUAAAGGGCCAGGGCCAGUAUUUGCAGCCAUCGUGUCUCCGCAUACAGUUUUUCAACUCUUACUGUAGCACAGAAGCAGCCGUAGGCCACGACCGGAUGGGUAAGUCAGACUUGUACACAAAGUGGUUGGCCAGAUUUGGCCACAUGCCCGCAUUCCGGACCCCUGUUCUAGAUGAAGGCGACUACGGAUCAUCUCGGGUCCUGUCCUUUCCCGUUACGGAAUUGCAAGCUUCGCGAGAGAAGCCACACGCUUUUGUUCACUGGAUCUUCAAUGCCAAGAGCGACUGGCAUCGACCCCAAUGUUCACGGGAUAACAGAAAUCCAUACUUGCAAUACCUUCUGGUCCUACUGUGUCUCUUUCCCUCCUCCAGUGGAGGAGGUGCUCCUUCUGCUCCGUCUGUCCCCUCAGGAUGCUUCCCUUGUAUUUACUCCAACUAGACUCCACCCUCCUCUAGAGCAGAGGUGGGUCUCUUCCAUUCUGGAAGCCCCGGGCGCAUCAGAAUACUUAACCGAACACACUCUAUAGAUCUGCACGGAAAGAAGAAAUCGGUCACCACAAGAAGAUGGGGACCCUCCUCCCCACCCAGCCUGGAAAUCCUUUAAGGCUGCAGAGAAGUCAUUCAGUUGGCGUCCUUUGUUCUUUCCGAGCGACCAGUUCCUAACUAUUGUAUUUCCUGGGCAAGAAGGACCUGGAUCCGGGCUCCUGCCCUGGCCGGUGCAGACAUGGUGCCCCUGCUGCUGCUGCCCCUGCUGCUGCUGCCCCUGCUGUUGGGGGGGGAGGAUCCAGAGUACCAGCUCCGAGUGAAGGAAUCCGUGACCGUGCAGGAGGGUCUGUGUGUCCAUGUGCCCUGUUCCUUCUCCUACCCCAGAAAGCGGUGGUAUUCCCGGACGAUGCUCUACAUAUACUGGUUCCAGGAUAGGGACACCUCAAGCAACCGUUAUCUGGUGGCUACAAACAACCCACAGAGAGCAGUGGGGACAGAGGCUCAGGGCCGAUUCCGCCUCAUCGGGGACCCCUGGGCCUACAACUGCUCCCUGAGGAUCAGAGACGCCAUGAGGAGUGACGAGGGAGUCUACUUUUUCCGAGUGGAGAGAGAAGACAUGAAAUAUACUUACACACAUACGACGAUGACUCUGAGGGUGGCAGCCCUGACACAGGAACCCGACAUCCACUUCCCGGAGCCCCUCAAGUCUGGCUGGCCCGCAGAGCUGACCUGCAGCCUGCCGGGGUCCUGCGAAGGGGGAAGACCUCUCACAUUCUCCUGGAUGGGGGCUGCUCUGGACUCGCUGGACCCCGAGACCCUGCACUCCUCGGUGGUGACCUUCACCCCGAGGCCGCAGGACCAUGGCACCAACCUCACCUGUCAGGUGAAACUGCCAGAAGUUCAGGCCACCGUGGAACGAACCAUCUGGCUCAAUGUCUCCUAUGCCCCCCACAACCUCACCAUCAGCAUCGUCAGCAAUGUCACAGCCCUCAGCAUUCUGGAAAACACCUCAUCCCUUCUCAUCUGGGAGGGCCAAGCUUUGCGGCUGCUCUGUGCUGCUGCCGGCAACCCCCCCGCCGAGCUGAGCUGGUUCCGGGGGUCCCCUGCCCUGAAUGCCACCCCCAUGUACAGGACCCACAUCCUGGAGCUGCCUCAAGUCGGGGCUGCGGAGGAAGGAGUCCUCACCUGCCGAGCUCAGAACUCGCUGGGCUCCCAGCACGUCUCCCUGCGUCUCUCUGUGGUCUGCCCCCCGCGGCUGCUCGGCCCCUCCUGCUCCUGGGAGGGCGAGGCGCUGGGCUGCACCUGCUCCGCCCGAGCCCGGCCGGCCCCCACCCUGCGCUGGCGGCUGGGGGAGGGGCUGCUAGAGGGGAACCACAGCGACGCCUCCUUGACCGUCACCUCCAGCUCCGAGGGGCCCUGGGCCAACAGCUCCCUGAGCCUCAGGAGGCCUCUGGGUUCCGACCUCAGACUCAGCUGCGAGGCCCGGAAUGAGCACGGGGCCCAGAGCACCGACGCCGUCCUGGUGUUGCUGCCAGGGAAGUCGCUGUCCCUGGCAGAAGCCGCGACUGCAGCUGUGGGAGGCGCCGGAGCCAUGGCUCUGCUGUGCCUGUGUCUGUGUCUCCUCCUCUUCUGGGUGGUGAAAGCCCGCAGGAAGCAAGCGUCUAGGAGUCAAGAGGGCAUGGCUAAUGAAGACCCUGUCAUGGGUACAGUCGACUGGGGUUCCAGGAAGAAGCCCUGGCCAGACAGCCCUCCAGAUCAAACGACCCCUGCCGGGGAUGACCCUCCCUCGGGGGAGCAGCAGGAGCUCCAUUACGCCUCCUUCAGCUUUCACGGGAUAAAGAUGAGGGAACCUCAGGACCAGGAGGCCACCAGCACCAGUGAGUACUCGGAGAUCAGGACGAGCAAGUGAGGGCCACCUGGAGCCAGGAAUCCCAGCCCCUGCGGGGAGAGGAGAAGUCAGGCGCCAACUGAUGAAGCGCGUGGAGCCCUGUGGCGAUAUAAAGGAGCAGGACUGUCCGGGUGUCCCCGGGUAGAGCAGAUCUGGGCUCAAACGUAGCCUGUCAAGCAAGUCGCUUCAUCUCUGCGUGCUUCAGUUUCCCGUUCCGUAAAUCAGAGAUCAUGCCUUCUGCCUCAAAGGUGGUUGUGAACAGUAAAGAAAUUAACACAGAGAAAUCAGCCAACAGAGGUCCUAUCGCACCAUGGGGCUCAGUGCCUACUGAUCUGUCUUCUUUGGACAGAAUGGUCCUGCUGGAAAGUGACCCUGGGGCUGAGGGUGACCGCCCCAGCACACAGUAGCAACCGGCUGGUGUCAUUCUCCUUCAAAGCCUCCCCAGGGAAAGACCAGCCCCUCAGCCUGGGUUUUGGUUUCACGAUACAGCAUCUUAUCAUCUCUGUGGGGUCUUCUCUGCGUCCCACUUGUAUCUGUCCAUUCUUCCAGCACAUUCCAUCACCUCCUGACCUCCAGUCCCUUCCCUGUCUCAUUUAUGGGCCCCCACAGGGAUCCGUCCAACAGCCAGAGAGCUGACCCUGAGUCUCCUCCACAAACCCAUUCAAGGCUCCCUAGGCUUAGACAAUACAUCACAAACAUCUGCCCCCACCCCUGGCAUUUGAAGUCCACCAACCACCCCCCCCAACCCCUGCUAACUACUGUUGGAAAAGAAACAAUGGGCCCCGAGUGGAGGCACUUACCCCCACAACAGCAAACCCAAGACUCACUGAGGUUUCAACCUCUCCCAGAAAUGUGACCUUUAAACAGUCGGUCUGAAAUUUCCUGAUCAGCACUGGUGAGGUCACCUGCAGGGUAAGAUCUUCCCCCAAAAAGAUGGCCCGAUCUGGGGGGCAAAAAUCCUUCCUUUGUUUUGAGAAUACUUCCUCAUGCCACCCUCCUGCCUUUAAACACCGUCUGCUACUUACAACUCCUCAGGGCACCCAUCUCCUUACUGGAAGGGACACUGCCAAACUUAUGAGCCUUUGAAUAGAGCCAAUUACAUGCCCAGAUUUCCUCGGUUGAGUUUUUAUUCUUUUUCAAAAAUGUUUAUUUAUUUUUGAGAGAGUGUGCGAGUGAGGGAGGGGCAGAGGAUUCAAAGUGGGCUCUACACUGAGAGCCAGAUGCGGGACUUGACCUGUGAGAUCAUGACCUGAGCUGAAGUCAAGAGUUGGAUGCUUAACCAACUGAGCCACCCAGGUGCCUUCAACAAGCUUUUCUGAUCCCAGCUGCCUGACACUAUGCUUUUGAUUGCCGUACAAAAGAAAAGUUUUUCUAGAAGGAGGCGAGCAAGAAGGUUAUCAGCUACAGGAAAGGAUUGUUUCAGGCAAGACUGCUCUCCUCCUGUGUGUGGGGUAAAGAUAAGGGGUCUUCUUGUGCAGAUGACCUCGUCUUCCUUUAGGGGAUGGAGAGGUCCUUGUGGCCAACUCAUUGGCACUGAUUGUCAAUAGCCAAAGUAUAGAAAGAGCCCAAAUGUCCAUUGAUGGAUAAAUGGAUAAAGAAUAUAUAUA